AUGCAUUUAAUUAAAUUUAACAGAAACCUUCAAAAAUUUAAGUUGUGGACUAAAAGAAGAUAUUCUCAUGCACUACUUACUGACGAAAAUGAAUAUACUGAUACACCCGAAUAUCCUCCAAUAUUGGAUAUGUCACUACAAGGAAGAAAACUACGAGAAAGACAAAGCGUUUAUGAAAAAAUCCGAAAGUUAAACACUGUUGAAGAAAAACAAAUUGCUCUAAAUAUGCCCCGAUAUUACGGAUGGAAGUGCGUUAUGUUGAAUGAAGAUAAAGUACCUUACAAUGCAUUACCUCUAGUGAAGUGCUACACAAGGACACAUUUUAUACCAUCAAGUGCUCUCCCAGACGUAUAUUCUGAAACAGCAUCACUUGCAGAUUUGGUUGUAAAACAAACUAAGUCUCUAAUUGAGGACAUAAUAAUUUUGGAAUCGGAAUAUGUUAAGCAUAAUAAUGUCACAGAACAAGAAAAACCUGAAGAACAGCAGAAAGAAGAUAUGAUAACAAAAAAUAUAGUGAAACAAAUUAACAGAAUAAUUUGUAAUAAACUUUCAGACAAAGCUUCACAUAUUUUAUCUUCUCAGACUGAUUAUGAACCUCGUCAUGAAGCAUUUUGGUUUGUUGGUGGUUUAGAUGUACCGCAUACUGUUAGAAACAUAAGAAAAAAACAUAAAUGGUUACAUGACCGACUUGAAGAACCUAUUGAUAGACCAGUUCAAUAUAUUGGGACACCUUUGCUGACUUUGAGAAGUAACCUGCCACUCAAACCAAUACUGCCAUAUGAUGAAGCAACUAAUCCCGAUUUCAAAGUGCCGAAAUUCUCUUUCGUUCCAGAAAGUGUUGGUUACCACACGCAACACAGACAUGGCACUAAUAUACCAGGAUUUUGGACUGGCGAUUAUGAUGAAUUUGGCUUAUUAUCCUAUCAUGGUCGUGGCCAUAUAUCAGUGAGAAAUCCAUCUUUUGGUCUGGAGGAUAAUGUAGAGGCAUUGCACUCUCAAGCUUUAAAAGCUAGUUUUGGUUGGCUACUGGGGCAAGCAAAUUACCAAGGAUUUACUACAUACAAUGAUAUUACAUAUCCACUUGUAACGCAAACUAUUAUAACAAAUGGAAAGUUAUGGUCAUUUUAUGUUUAUCAAAUGAACACUAUUGCAAUGCAUAAUGAGCAAAUGGAUGAAAAUCCGAAACAUAACAUAUGCUUUGGUACCAUGCCUCUUCAAUUGUAUGAUACUAUUGAGAAUGACCAGGUAAAAGGACUUAAUGAAGAAGUUUUGAAGAUGCUAGUUCAACUCUAUUUAAAUGCUCCAGCAGAAAGAGAUCAUGAACUGAAACCAUACUUGGGUAAAGAAGAACAGAUCAUAGCUGACAUAGAAGAUGAUGAAAAACGUUGUUGGUUAGAAUCCAGAUACAAGCAUUUAGUUUCAAACAGACCCAAACAUUAUUUAAUGCCUGAAAUAUAUCUAUGGGAGAGAAUUUACAAAAUUAAACACAAUACCAGAUUCUUUGAAGCUAAGCGACGGUUCUUUGAACGAGAUAUCAACCCAUAUAAGAGACGUUUGGAUGAACAUUUGCCGCCUUAUAUUCCCAAAGUCUUGCGACCAUAUCCAAGAUGCAGAAAGAAAUUUGAAAAUACAUAUUACCCUAAAGUGUGA